AUGGGAACUUAUCCAUUCUUUGCAGCUAUUGCCGUAAAGGACAAAGUGGCCAGCUCAAAUGCUGCUGCCCUUCGGUGGAACACAUCGACUGGUGGACGAAUAGAUGAUUUGGACUUCUUCAUUGGAGAUGAAGCCCUUUCUCCAGCUGCCGCAAACUACUCUGCUAAGUACCCCAUACGUCAUGGUAUUGUCGAAGACUGGGAUUUGAUGGAGCGAUUUUGGGAACAGUGUAUUUUCAAAUAUUUGCGAGCAGAACCAGAAGACCAUUUCUUUUUGCUGACAGAGCCUCCCUUGAAUACCCCUGAGAAUCGAGAGUAUACAGCGGAGAUUAUGUUUGAAUCUUUCAAUGUUCCAGGCCUCUAUAUUGCUGUUCAAGCGGUUCUUGCGUUAGCUGCGAGUUGGUCCUCGCGUCCAGGGAAUGAACGUCCACUAACUGGAUUGGUUGUUGACUCUGGAGACGGCGUAACACAUUGUAUACCAGUUGCGGAGGGAUACGUCAUAGGAUCAUGUAUCAAGCAUAUUCCCAUUGCUGGUAGGGACAUCACUUAUUUCAUCCAACAGAUCUUGAGGGAUAGAGAGCCUACAAUCCCGUCGGAUCAGUCCUAUGAGGUGGCAAAGGCGAUCAAGGAGAGGUACUGCUAUGUUUGUCCGGAUAUUCUCAAAGAAUUUAUAAAAUACGAUACCGAUGGUUCAAAGUGGUUGAAGACCUAUCACGGUAUCAAUAAUAUCACCAAGAAGGAAUUCGUCGUCGAUGUAGGAUACGAGCGCUUCCUUGGUCCUGAGAUUUUCUUCCAUCCUGAGUUUGCUAAUCCUGACUUUACAACGCCGAUUUCGGAUACGAUCGAUAAUGUUAUACAACAAUGUCCAAUCGAUGUCCGUCGAGGCUUAUAUGAAAAUAUUGUGCUAUCAGGAGGUUCAACUAUGUUCAAGGUAAUCCAGGCAGAAAUAAUUUCAUAA